CAUUCCAUCCCAUCCAAUUUCUCUUCUACAACAUCUCUCCCAUACACUCCCUCAUCUCCCGUAUACUGUCUGACCCUCCACCAUGAAGGUCGCCACCUCCGCACUCCUCAUCGGAGGAGCUGCUGCUGCCAUCACCCAGCAGCAGCAGCCGCUUCUCCAGCCACCCAAAGUCGUCCAGGACGCGUUCCAGGCUGCAGGCGACAAGGUGUCAGACUGGUCCAAGCCACUCCAGCACCUGAAAGACGAGCUCAAGCACCUCACUGCAGACGCACAGGAAGUCUGGGACGAGGUAGCAAUGCUGUUCCCAGAAGAAAUGUCUAAGGCAUCGUUCUUUUCCAUGCCCAAGGCUCACACCCAAAAGCACGACAGCGAGUGGGACUUCCACACCAAGGGUCAGGAUAUCGAGCAGCUCUUCACAACAAACGCCAAGGGUGAAAAGCAGCGUGAGAUUGAUGGUCAACUGGAGAACUUCAACCUUCGUACCAAGAAGGUAGACCCAAAGAGCCUCGGCGUUGAUAAGGUCAAGCAGUACUCUGGCUACCUGGACAACGAGGAGGAUGACAAGCAUCUCUUCUACUGGUUCUUUGAGUCUCGCAAUGACCCCAAGAACGACCCAGUCGUGCUCUGGUUGAACGGCGGUCCAGGUUGUUCCAGCUUGACUGGUCUGUUCAUGGAGCUUGGCCCUUCGUUCAUCGGCAAGGACCGCAAGCCAGCGUACAACCCAUCCAGCUGGAAUGCCAAUGCUUCUGUCAUCUUCCUCGACCAGCCAGUCAACGUGGGCUACUCUUACUCCGGCAACGCUGUCAGCAGCACCGUAGCCGCCGGCAAGGACGUCUACGCCCUCUUGACCCUCUUCUUCAAGCAGUUCCCAGAAUAUGCCAAGCAGCCAUUCCACAUCUCCGGUGAAUCAUACGCCGGUCACUACAUCCCAGUUUUUGCCUCAGAGAUUCUGUCCCACAAGAACCGCAACAUCAACCUUCAGUCCGUCUUGAUCGGCAACGGUCUCACCGAUGGUUUGACCCAGUACGAAUACUACCGCCCAAUGGCAUGUGGCGAUGGUGGCUGGCCAGCUGUGCUUGACGAGUCUUCCUGCCAGAGCAUGGAUAAUGCUCUGCCACGAUGCCAAAGCCUGAUCGAGAACUGCUACAAGAGCGAGUCUGUCUGGUCUUGUGUCCCAGCCAGCAUCUACUGCAAUAAUGCUAUGAUUGGUCCGUUCCAGCGCACCGGACAAAAUGUAUACGAUGUUCGCGAGAAGUGCAAGGGUGGCAACCUUUGCUACGAUGAGCUCGACUGGAUCUCAGAGUACCUCAACCGUGACGACGUGAUGAAGGCACUGGGUGCUGAGGUCAGCAGCUACGACUCUUGCAACAUGGACAUCAACCGCAACUUCUUGUUCAAUGGUGACUGGAUGCAGCCAUUCCACCGUCUGGUACCAGGACUUCUCAAGGAGAUUCCAGUUCUGAUCUACGCUGGUGAUGCUGACUUCAUUUGCAAUUGGCUCGGCAACCUCGCUUGGACCAAUGCACUCGAGUGGCCAGGCCAGAAGGAAUACGUGAAGGCCCCAAUGGAGGAUCUCACGCUGCUCUCCGAUGACAGCACUAAGACUGGCUCUGUCAAGUCGGCAGGCAACUUCACGUUCAUUCGAAUCCAUGCUGCUGGACACAUGGUUCCAUACAACCAACCCGAGGCAUCACUCGACUUCCUCAACAGAUGGAUCGGCGGCGAGUGGGUUGAGAACUGAUCAAUUUCAUGAGAAUUUUGAGGAAGGAUAUUUGUAUUAUAGGCAAUAUCACAUCAGCAUGAGAGAAUAUCCCUAGAAUGGAAUCUUUAAACGAGAAACGUUCAUUCUGUAGCUACAUGACCACUGCAAC